GACGACACAAACGAUGAAACUUUACCACACUCUCUCUUCCUCGUCGAGUUUCAACACAUGCCUUCUUCUCAUUACUUCCAUAGUCUCAAGUCCUCUGCUUUUCUUCUUUCUAAUCGAAACCACGCCAUUAGUUCAAUCAUUCAGUAUUCAAGAAAAUUCGACGACCCAUCUCUAACGUAUCUUGCUGUGAAUUAUCUAGACAGGUUCUUGUCCAGCGAAGAUAUGCCGCAAUCAAAGCCCUGGAUUCUCAGGCUUAUCUCUCUUUCUUGUGUCUCUUUGUCUGCCAAAAUGAGGAAGCCAGAGAUGUCUGUUUCUCAUCUUCCGGUGGAAGGUGAGUUUUUUGAUGCUCAGAUGAUAGAGAGAAUGGAGAAUGUGAUUUUAGGAGCUCUUAAAUGGCGAAUGCGCUCUAUUACUCCUUUCUCCUUUUUCGCCUUUUUCAUUAGUCUCUUUGAGCUCAAAGAAGAUCCUUUGGUACUAAAACAUUCCCUCAAAUCUCAAGCCAUUGAUCUUACCUUCAAUCUUCAACAUGAUAUCAGAUUCCUCGAGUUUAAACCAUCGGUGAUUGCAGGCGCCGCACUUCUCUUUGCUUCUUUCGAGCUCUGUCCUCUAAAGUUUCAAUGUUUUAGUAACAGAAUCUACCAAUGCACAUAUGUAAAUAAGGAUGAGUUAAUGGAGUGUUACAAAGCAAUACAAGAGAGAGAUAUAGUUGGAGAAAACGAAGCAAGCUGCUCUGAAACAGCAGUAAAUGUGCUUGAUCAGCAAUUCUCGAGCUGUGAAAGCGAUAAGAGCAUCACAAUCACAGCUUCUUCACCUAAGAGGAGGAAAACUAGUACUCGUCGAUGUUAAGCUGAAAAGGUGGUUUAUGGUCAAACAUAAUCGCAGAUGAAUCAAUCACUUAGCAACUUAAAGAAAACCACUUCUGGUCCCCUUAUGAAAAUGACACUUGCUUCCUUUCCUGUAUCUCCAUCCAUCUUCUGCUUCAAAAUAAGCCAUUCUCUUCAUG